ACAGAGUGUGGGAGAAGAUGCUGGGGACUGUUCAAUACAGAGGGAAGCCCUUUUUCACGAGGAACCCGGCGGAGCUGAAGGGGGCCUUCGUCCACACCAAGCUGGAGAGGAGCUGGCAAGGCUUCGGAUUUUCGGUGGUCGGAGGCAAAGAGCCGGACGAGUUCCUGCAGAUCAAAAGCCUGGUUCCGGACGGGCCCGCUGCUCUGGACGGGACGAUGGAGACAGGCGACGUGAUCGUGAGCGUGAAUGAGACGUGCGUGCUGGGUCACACGCACGCCCAGGUGGUGAAGAUCUUCCAGUCCAUCCGCACUGGAUCCACGGUGGACCUGGAGCUGUGCAGGGGUUACCCCUUACCCUUUGACCCCAACGACCCCAACACCAGCCUGAUGACCUCGGCGGCCGUCACGGUCAAGGAACCCGUCGUGGUCACUGAGCGGAGGGGCAACGGCUCGCCAUCUGGCCAGGCUGUCGCCCCGGGCAACGGCUCCGGGGGGGGGCCAGAAAGCCCCUCCCAUACCGCCCCUCCUCCUCCACCGAGGUGGGGCCCGAGCCCGGCGAUGUAGUCACGCCGGCGUCGUCCGUCGUCGCCCGGCCCGAGCUCAUCGCUGUCCACGUGGAGAAGGGCGACCAAGGCUUCGGGUUCUUCAUCGCCGGCGGCCCCGCAGGGGGUGGGCAACGGGUCAAGCGGAUCGUGGACCACCCCCGCUGCCGGGGCCUGAAGGAGGGGGACGUCCUGGUGGAGGUCAACGGGAGGAACGUGCAGAGCAUGACCCACGACCAGGUGGUGGCGCUGCUGAGCCAGUGUGCCAAAGGAAGCGAGGUCACCAUGCUGGUGCAGAGAGGGGAGCUCUGAAGUGCUGAACGAGGAAGUGGACGGGUCGCACAGGAAGUGGCUUCGCAAACGCUGGCGCACAGAAGUGAAUGCUGAUUUGCUGAACAAA